GACCACAACUGUUGUUCUUGCGGGCGUCUUUAGUUGGCUUCGGUUGAUCGACAUAUAUUUUUGUGUAUUUAUGAAUACCUAGCUGCAAUUUUCCACAGCAAGUUAGCUUUGAAACCCUAGUAUAGCUCUAUCCUUCGCUACUGGAUAAAGUCGAAUACACGACUGUUAUUUUUAUAUGAGCUGGAGACUACCUGGACCAAGUAUAAAUUGGAUGGUUUUGAAGCCAUGGAAACAAGCGAGAAAGCUGAACCUCUCCUUAUAGAUAAGGGAAACGUGAAAUUAUCAAGAACAAUACAACAGAAAUGAAGAGUUUAUAUGAAUUUACUAUACGACUAUGGUGAAUGUACGUGAAUUUUAAUAAGAAAAACUGCUGAUCUAUAUCAUUGUGCGCCUUGUGGUUCCCCUAUCGAGGCGAUGAAUAAACGGUGACGGUGUAUGGACACUUUACGUAUUGAUGCCCGAUUCUGAGUAUAAAAACACCUGAUUGAAAACUAAUUAUCGUACAUGAUGACUGACCAUCAGCUGGACAGACAUAUCCCUGAGCACCCACUCCCCCAAGAGAUCCAAGAGAUGAAGAAAGAUGACACAGUCUGUCAGUUCUGUGGGGUGAGCUACCUCAUUCACAGUGAGAUGAAAGCGCUUGAAGAGAGAGUGAAAGAGGCUGAGCGCCAGAUGGAGUACUAUCGGGGCAGCGUGGAGAGGGAGGAGCUACUGAAAGUCAAGGUCAAUGAUAUGGAACAGCAGAGUCAACAGCUAAUUCAAGCUCUACAGAACAGUGAACAAAGGAGUAAAGUUAUUCUUAAUGAGCUAAGUGCCAAGGAAAGCGAACUUGACACACUAAAUCAAGAAAAAGUCAAACUAGAGUCCACUGUCAGUGUAUUGGAAACCUCCAAGAAAGAAUUGAACUCAACCGUCAUUCGAUUAAAGGGCUUUCUUCCAAGUAUAUUGAAAACUCUGCAAAGUCAAAAACAUGAACUUUUGGAAAUAAAACGAAAUGUUACAAAUAUGGUACAGGAAAUAUCAGGGCAUGCAUCUGAGAAGAAUAGAACAAUCACAAAUAUGUGCAGCAGAAAUAAAGCAAUAUUUGAAGAUCUGAAAAAUAAAUGUGAAAAAGUUAGCAUAGAUAAGGAUGCCAAGGAGAAAGAAAAUAAAGAUCUGCAGUCUAAGCUGAAUACUGCUAAUGAUGACCUGAAAGUGGCUAAAAGAAGAUGUGGGAAUGUGGAAGAACUGAAACAAAAAAGCACCUUAUUAGAAAGGGAGGUCGACCAGCAAAAUAAGGAAAUUGAAAGAAUUUUAUCCGAGAACAAAGUCACUUUGGCAGACCUGUCAAAAACUCAGGAGAAUCUAAUGUCAAAGGCUAAAGAGUUGGAAGAUCUCCAGCAAAAACUUUUAAAGCAAGAAGACACUGCCAAGCAGGAUAAGCGCAGACUACAAGAGGUCAUUCUAACAAAGGAGAGGGAGCUGUUCAAGUUAUCAGAGGAGUAUAAAGAGCUUCAGGCAAAGAUAACAGUUCUUAGUGACUCCAAAACAGAAAGCAUGGCUAUGGCUUCUAGCUCACAGGAACAGAUUAAGGCUAUGAAGGAUCUUUUGGCAAAAGCAAGAGAUGAAAUAACUUCUUUGAAAGAUGAAAGAGAGAAGAUGAUAAUUGCUCAUCAAAAUCGCAUUGAACAACUAAGAGAAAGUUUUAAAAAGAAGAUGGAAGAAGCAGACGCAUGGCCAGAUAAGUUAAACAAAGCCAUCCUGGAAGAACAAGAGAAAUUCAAGAAAGAGAAAGAUGAACUUUGGAAAGAAUUGAAUGAUUCAUUUCAAAAGGAACUACAAGAUGAGCAGCACAGACAUUCUGAAGAACUUCAUCAAUGGAAGAACGAGGCCAGAAAUGCUCAGGACAAAUUUAGAAAUGACUUGAAUACACUGAACAGCAAACAUCGCGAGGAGCUAAAAAAACUAAGGAAUACAUCUUUUGGAGAAAAGGAUGAGUUAAACCAAUUAAAGCAGUCCAGCGCUGCAGUUAUCAACAGUCUAGAAGCCAAAGUUCGCGACCUGGAAUCAAGAUUGAGCCAGCGCUCCAACACGUCGGCUUCCGAGGUGUCAUCUUUAAGAGCACGCGUACAAGAGCUUGAGCAGACAUUGGACGAUGCUGAUGAGCACAUCAAAAAAAUUGAGACGGAACUGGACGGUUCCAAGGAACAGAUGAUGUUCCUACAAGAGACUGUGCGGCGCGAAUGCGAAGAAAGACUAGAACUGACUGAGGCUUUGAGCGAAGCCCGUACUCAACUUCUCUCCUUGAAGCGCAAUCCAUCCGCGUCUCUAUCAAGAACUAGCUUGAACUCAAGCCUUUCCUCGGGUAGCCUUACACGCUCAAACAAACAAGGACUUGAAUCCAGCGAGUCGAACACUAGUAUAACCUCAUCCAAAUGUAACGUGGGGUUUGAUGGUGUAGGGCGUGUCCCGUCACGCGGUCCUGGGUCGCGGGAGUCGGGCAGCAAGUCGCGUUCGGGUAGCGUGGAUGAUAGCCGACAGAGGAUCGCAGCCGCAAUGGGACGAAGCGGGUCUCGGAGUCGACUCGGUGGCGAUUAUAGUAGCUAAGGAAUGAUAUCACGUGAUUGACACGUGUGCUUGAUCUUUCUCAGAAUCAAAUUCAAGUAUAUAUGCAAAAAUCAUUAAUUUACCCAAA